GGCAGUGCCGCAAAGGAGACUACAUGGAGUCCCACUUGGAAAGCGACAGUUGAAGAGCUUUCACUGCGGGGCAUGACCUUGCGUGCCCUGCUGCAUUUUUAUUAUGAAGACUUGCCUACCAUGCCAGACUGGCAAUAUGCCCCUCAGGAACACAGGACCAGGGAUGUGGUCCGCAGGGUGAUCAUUCCUCUCACUUGCAGAGACGAAUCUUCAUAUGCAGUUUCAGCUUUGAACCGGGACGCUGCUAGACGACCCCAAGUCAUGGUGACCCACAAUUGGGGAAACUGCUGCAAAGACUUGCUCGCAGCAGUCGUCUCAGAUGCGCUGAUGGAAUGCAGCUUUAGCUUGGUGGCAAAGCUGCUGGAGGAUGAUUGUGGCUUCCUGGUUGAGCUCCUGAACCGCAGCAGUCGCUUGGACGUCCCAUACUGGAUUUGUGCAUUUGCGGUCAACCAGCACAGUUGCAUAUGCCACUGCAAUCCUUACGACCGUGAUCCGCUUACAAAUGAGUUGCAUCCGGUUUGCACUUGCGGUAGCGUCAACAUCUCCGAUCCAUAUAGCCGGAGCACCGUUUCAGAGAUCAACAAAUUCGAUGACAUGAUGUAUCACCUUGCAACCACUGGAGGCUGCAGGCAAGUGAUUGCAGUGGACCAAACUUUUGACAUAUUUCAUCGUGCGUGGUGUGUCGCUGAGCUUUCAGAAGCCAGGCAUUUGCAAAUGAAACAGUCGUUGCAAAUUGAGUCGAAAGCGGCCAUCAUGCGACAUGCAAGAACUUUGCAAGAUUUGGAUGUGCGGAGCAUGCGUGCAUCUUCCGAAAUAGACCAAGAACUUAUACUCAACAAGAUAACAGACAGAACGAGCAUCGACGAGUUCAACACAGAGCUGCAAUGGCUCAUUCGUGACAGAAAGUCCGGCCUUCCUGCAUCCUGGCAUACCAUGGAUAGUUUGCAACAAAUUGGAGAAGCCGGCCGUCUGAUUCGAUGGGGUCUUGCCGAUGCAGGGACUGGGAAGGUGUGGAAAGCAUGGGGCGCCCAUGAAUGA